AUGAAAACCAUUCUCUCCAUUGCUCUUGUGCUCCUGGCUCUCUAUCUGGUCUCUGAAGCCCAUGCAGUCCAAGUCAAAGUGCAGGAGGGCGACUUUGUUUUCUCACUGGAAUCAGUAAAGAAGCUCCAAGAACUGACAGAGAGCAGCAGUGUAAACGGGAAGCAGAAUCCUCAUCUCGCCAGCACCAGCUUUGCUUCCGUCUGUGCUAACCCCUCCCUGCCACAGGAGUUCAUGCCCCUGUGCAUGCAGAGAGGGGCCAGCAUGUCUCUCUCAAGACUAGCUACUGUGCCUAUAGACGUCUGUGAGAUCUGUGCCUUUGUUGCCUGCACAGGCUGUUAG